GAGCUCCAACACCACCACGUCCGGACCGUUCAUGAAGAAACUGCGCCGAGCUCAGCGUCUGCUGAAGGAAGCCCGGGUAAAGCUAAACACCGAGCGCCAAUCAAAGUUGGUCACCUGGACGGAAGUGCUGCGCAGAUAUAAGGACAGGCUUGAGUGUCUGACAAAGUCCCUGGAGAAAAAGGAUGUCUUGCUGAGCUAUACGGCCUUAAAUAAAGCCUUGUCAGAAAACGAAAUCAAAGACAUGUGCACCGCUGUCAGCUCUGCCAGGGAUCGACUGCUGACCCAGUGUAAGCUGAACUCAGCUCUCAAGGACGUCGUGAUCAGCAAAUGUGAUUCUGUAACACCGGCCUCGUCCACUCAGACGGCCUCCACCCAGAGCUAG